CGUCGCGAACACAUCAUUUUAAUACGAAAUCGCAAGCACUGCUGUGAGCUUAAGAAUUCCGUUUGCAAAGUACUCGAAUUACACCUAGAAAGACAUACACAUUGUUUUUUUUAUUGUUUUUAAAGUGUUGAAUUCAGGUUUUUGCAUUAUUGCUGCUGUAAAAAAAAAUACAUAAAUUAUAACAAAAAAAUUUGUCUGCAUAAAUUUACGAUUUUAUAUUCAGCCAUCAAGUAUCAAUAACUUACUAUUUAAUAACUUCGCAAUUAUCGGCUAUAUAUUUACAAAAAUAAUUAGCAUGAAAAUCAUUUGAGUGGCUUAGGGGGUGUAAAAUAAUAAGUGGUUUCAUCGGUUGCAGUUGCAAGUGUCUAAUGCAAGAAUUUUUGGGUUUUAUCGCUAUUUUAUGCUACAAAAGCUGAAGUAGCUAAGCCACCUUCCGUUGAAAAUAAAUUUUGAAUUAUUAUUAACUGUUGUUUGAAAACUCUUGUGGGUACAAACGAUUUAACCUCUAAGUGUACCUUAUAAUUGACAAAAAGCCAAAAGGUGUUCAAUAAUAUUUUGGAGUGAAACGUUUCAUUUAAAAACCAAUUUGUUUUCAGUCAUAGAAAUUAAUAUCCAAUCAAUUGCUCAUUCAAAUUUAUCUACGCUUGAACAUAUAGAAAAAAAAGCAAUUCGCGAAAAUAUGGGGAAGUCCCAAAUAUAUUUGCUUGCAUUAUUGGUUACUUUGCUUGUAACCAUUGCAGUUGCUGUAGAUCGAAUUCCGAAAAAAAGGCAAAUAUACCGUGAGCAGGUGUUACCUCACGCGGGUGGUAAAAUUCCAGAUACAGCAUUCGAAACUGAUCGUCUUUUCUUGAAUCGCUUACAGAAGGAAGGCAUCUCUGUACCAGAUGGAGUCGUAACAGAGCAACGCAAUCCACAAGUGUAUCAAUAUUACAACAAAAACCCCAGAGUGGUAUUCCAAAUAGCACUCAGCUCAGACGGCCGUUACACUCCCAGCGAAGGCAGAUAUCGCCACCAUGACACACCGUCCAUUGAAACCACCUAUCUUUAUCCGCAAAUACACGGGCGAUUAAAUGAUGCAUCGCCAUCAAAAACUGCCUACCCUACAUACAGACAACUGCAAUUGCAUAACACACAACUCAAUCAAGUCAAGUUACAGCCCAAAAAGAAAACGGAAUACCUGGAUAUAACACCCAGACAGAAGAAAGGCCACAGCAAUCCAUUUAGGACGCAAUCAUAUCAAAAUUUCAACAUUAUUAACACUCCUAUAGCGCCUACAUCUUCAGCAGCGUUGCCAGGGAGCGGAAGCAAAGUGGAUUAUUAUGUGCCUGACGUGAGCGCUUCUGCAUAUCUAUUCAGUGACUUUGAUGAGCUUUUUAACAAUUUCAAUUUGCAUGAAAAUAGUGCGGCCAUCAAAGGUGGAGAUGCAAUCUUCAGUUCCAAACAUAAAAUCUUUGCAAAUAUUAACAAAAUAUAUAUUUUCAAGAUGAAUACGAAAAGUGUGGCAUUGUGCAGCAGCUUACUUCUUGCGCUUGUUUGUAUUGCGGCUUCAAUAGCGGUGCAAGUGGAGACCUACGGUCAUCUGUUUCAUCCCCCAACUGAAGAACAUCGCAGAGAAGAAAAACAAGAUCUUUCGAAAAUACCCGGUGCACCUGGCGUGGAUUAUCCCAUUUACCAUGAAGUGCCCCACACGAAUUUCCAUUGUGCCAAUGUACCAGCUGUUCCCGGAAUGUAUGCAAAUGUUGAGACCGGCUGUCAGGCCUAUCAUGUUUGCCACGACGGUCGGGAGGGUCAUCAAGGCGCAUCAUUUCUUUGCACCAACGGCACCAUUUUCAAUCAGAAGGAAUUUGCUUGCGAUUGGUGGUACAACGUUAAGUGCGAAGAAGCUAUCAACUACUAUCAUUUAAACUCGGAUCCGAAACACAAUCCUUACUUCCAAAAGAAACAAGAGCUGGAAGAGAAUCACAAUGAACCUGAGCCAUUCUAUAUUCAUGCCUAAAUAUUCGUGUAUUUUUCAUCUCAUUCCAUAUUCAGUUCCAAUUCCUUGUAUAUACAUACAUA